AUGUCCGCGUCCCACUGGGGUUCCCCUGCUGCUUCCAAACGCGCUCUGCUCAUCCAUGGGUUGACUGCGUCCUCGCAAUCAUGGGAGGGCAUCGCUCAGCUAUUAGUAGCAGAAGGGUUCUUUGUCGUUGCGCCAAAUCUCCUUGGGCAUGCAUGGAGACGAGGCACUGAUUAUCGUAUCUCUACCCUUGCAGAGGACCUCCGGCCGUAUUUCGCCAUGGACAUGCCCUAUGACGUGAUUAUAGGUCAUUCUCUUGGUGGCUUGGUAGCCUUGUCACUCUUUCCAUACUUGCCCAAGACGAAAGAAACCACCGUCAUACUCGUCGAUCCCCCCCUCGAGCUUACGGUGGAGCAGUUUAAAAAGAGUAAAAACAAGUUUCUAAAGGAGAUUGAGGAUUCCAAGACUGCUGACGAGCACAUGGCUGAGCAUCCUGCUUGGUCUCGGAGUAACAGUAUUUUAAGAGCGCUAGGAGUCUACAUGUGCGAUCGCAUUGUUGUUGAGGGGAUAUUUGAGCAUAAUACGCCUUGGUCUUUCAGCGGCCUGUUGAAAAACAUCCCACCUCACGUGAAGACCGCCUUGUUGGUAUCUGAUCCGGAGCGGGGUAGCGUUUGUCAUUUGGAGCAAGUCUCUCAUGACGUGAAGACCAAAGUUUUUAUCGAAAUUGGCCACUGGAUUCAAUACGAGUGUCCGGAUGCUAUCAUGGAUGAAGUUUCGUUACCCAGAGCAAAUCUUUGA